AAAGUCCCCCUUUCAAAGUUGCAACAGAAUCUAUCUACAGUUCAACCUGGUGAAUAACAGAAUUUCGAAGAUACUGUGAAUAUUCUCUCCGUGAUCAUGAAGCUUGCUCAACAUUCUCCGAAGUUCGAGAAUGCAGAAACUGCUAAACAUACAGAUUCCAAUCGAACGAGAUUUGGCAGUUGGAAUAACCCAAGCAUUGGAAGCAUCAAAUAAUCGUUCAAAUCCACCAUUUUUGUCCUUUGUCGUUAUUCAAUCUCCACGAAGAACAGAGUAAAGCGGAAAAAACCAGAAUUUCUAACCAAUUUCCUCCCAACUUGCCUAACAUGAUCGUUCUUUCUCUGUCAACUCAAUCUGCGUGGAAUUUCUUUACGCUAUUAAUUGAAUUCUGAUUCGGGGUUGGAAUCCCAACUCCAAUCAUGGGUAUUGAUCCCUCGCCACUAGCCAGGGAUGAACCUCAAGGUUUAUAACAGUGUCCCCCUUCUCAUUUCAAAUCCGGCUUAUACUAUAAUCUCUUCCAUUCACUAGUAGAUUCAAAUUACGAUUUAUCACCUUCGGUUGCGGAUGAGUUCCUUUGAGUCUGAACCUAGCAGAGUUUCUGCUGUGAUUCUCGACCUCGAUGGAACCCUUUUGGACACUGAGAGGGCGACAAAGGACGUGGUGAAUGACUUCUUGGCAAAAUAUGGAAAGGUUUUGGACAAGAAGAGGGAAGAGGAGAAGAGAUUGGGCAGGACCCAGAAAGAAUCUGCAGCUGCAAUCGUUAGGGAUUAUGGCCUUCCAUUGACACCAGACCAAUUUAUUCAAGAAAUUACCCCAAUGUACAGGGAAAAAUGGCCUUCUGUUAAAGCACUUCCUGGUGCUGACCGUCUUAUCAAACAUCUUUACUCUCACAAGGUGCCAUUUGCGCUCGCUUCAAACUCAUUAAAUGAAUAUAUCUACGCCAAAAUCUCUUGUAUGAGAGGUUGGAAGGAAUGGUUUUCUGUGAUUCUUGGCAGUGACCAAGUUAUUGAAGGGAAGCCUGCUCCUUAUCUAUUUGAAGAGGCAGCAAAGAGGAUGGGCGUAGAUACUUCUCAUUGCUUGGUCAUUGAAGAUUCCUUGGUUGGCGUGAAAGCAGCUAUGGCUGCCAAGAUGAAGGUUGUAGCAGUCCCCUCCCAUGGGGAAGUUGAGUGUUCUUCCCUAGCAGAUAAAGUGCUUCAUUCUUUACUAGAAUUUCAGCCUGAGCUGUGGGGUCUUCCCCCAUUUGAAGACUGGGUAGGUAGAGCCUUACCGAUUGAUCCAAUAUAUCUAUGCUCUCGAUAUGUUAAUGGGUCUACGAGUGAAAUCUCAGAGGAUGCAUCAUUGCCUGACCAAGUUUUUGGAACAUUCUUUGGUUGGGCUGGCGCUGUCAAUGCUACAGCUUGGACUAUCAAAGUUGUGGUUAACAUCGGAUGGAAAUGUUGUUCCUGUACGAAAAGGAAAAGACUUUGGAAACUAUGGUCAGUGGAUGAAUGUGAUAGCAAAGUAUUUGAGCAGCAGAUUCAACUCCUGCUUGUGGGCUACAUCUGUAGAUUGAAUAGCAAGGAUCCUUCAACCGUGGAUGCAAAAGAGAUCGAGGAGUUCAAGUAUAUCGCAAACACGUCGCUCAACCUACCUAUGUUUGUCAACCAUUCUUGCACAUCUCUUUCUACAGAAGCAACUUCUGGUCUGAAUGAAUAGUUAGUGUGAAGUCUACCAGAUUUCACUCUGGUUCUUUGAAUCUAUCAUUCUAGUUCAUUGGUGAUUCCAUUGAAAUUGCUCAUUUUAUUCAUGGAGAGGACGCUGUUGGUUUGCAGUAAUGUGUCAUCAAUGGCCUCAAAUAAUGUUUUUGUUGUUACUAAACCCUUGUUUCCUUUCCAAGUAGAUUGUUCAAAUAUGAAUAGUUGAUAUAUCAAAAUGAAGCCUUGCGAAGUACAUACUCGCAAGUGAACAGUUUGACAAGACUUUUACAUUUAGAAUAGUGAAAAAUAUCUAAACUUGCCCUA